AUGUCGACCUACGAAGUUGAGCACAAUACCACUGACCCUGCGUCGACCACCACCUCUCCCCGUCGCCGACCCGACAUGUCCACAUUCUUUGCGACUCUGUCAGAGAUCACGCCAGACCCUGAGCAUCCCGACCACCGCCCCCACGCAGUUCCGGUUCCCGGAGACGUUAGCGCUGCAUUCUACUCCCUCGCCGAGGCCUUUGAGGCAGUGCGCCGCGACUUCGCGCGAGUGAACGAAAAUAGCGGCCCCGACGGACAGAGCGGCGAUGAUCUUCUGACGGAGAUGAUCCAGAGCUUGCUGGGGGCGGCUGAUACCCCGCCAAGGGAGGUUGAGGGCGUCAGCGAGGAGUUCUGCGAUAUGCUCGACCGCAUCCCCAAAUCAAAAUUGAAACCCGACCAGUCCUGCCCGAUCUGCAAUAACCCUUUCCUCGAAGAUGAGUACCCGCUUGUUGUCCAGCUCCCCUGCCACCCUACCCACCUCUUUGAUCUCGAGUGUGUUCGCCCUUGGUUGCGUCUGCGCGGUACCUGUCCGCUCGAUCGGACGGAUUUCGCCAAGCAGCUGCGCGACAAGGCGGAAGAACGGAAGAAGAUUGUCGAGGAAGACGAAGAGGAGGAGUGGGAUGGCAUGUAUGGUUGA